CAUCUCCGUCUCCAGAAUCGCCGAGCUCCACGAGAAAUGGUGACGUCCUUGAGAUUACCCUCUCUCACUCACCUCUUCUCCUCGCCUUCUAUCGUCGCUAUUUCUAGUGUUUCUGGCCGGUCAUCGGUGAUUCUCCGGCGUCGCUUCCACGGGCUUUGUCACCGGUCGCGGUCACUUGCUGCUGGCUUCUCCACCCAAAGCACGGCGGCGGAGACCCAAGACCGAAUAGAUAGCUUGAAGAACCGAGUUCCCGAUCAAGUUAUCACGCCCAGGUCACAGGAUUUCAAUGCAUGGUACCUCGAUGUUAUAGCCAAUGCCGAGCUUGCUGAUUAUGGCCCAGUUCGCGGGACCAUGGUCAUUCGGCCUUAUGGCUACGCAAUAUGGGAAUCGAUCCAGGAGUAUUUAAAUGUGAAGUUCAAGGAGACUGGACAUAGUAACAUGUAUUUUCCACUGUUUAUUCCAUACUCAUUUAUAGAGAAAGAAGCUAGUCAUGUUGAGGGUUUUAGCCCUGAGUUAGCACUAGUGACAAUUGGAGGAGGGAAGGAACUUGAAGAAAAACUCGUGGUCCGACCAACUAGUGAAACUAUUGUCAACCACAUGUUUACUCAGUGGAUUCAUAGUUACCGUGAUCUCCCUCUUAUGAUUAACCAGUGGGCAAACGUCACAAGAUGGGAGAUGCGAACUAAGCCAUUUGUGAGGACUCUGGAAUUUCUUUGGCAAGAGGGUCACACUGCUCAUGCAACUCCUGAAGAGGCAGAAAAUGAGGCUAGACAGAUGAUUGACAUCUAUACCAGAUUUGCUUAUGAGCAAGCUGCAAUACCUGUUAUUGCAGGUCGAAAGUCUAAAGUGGAAACAUUUGCUGGUGCCUCUAAGACUUACACAAUUGAAGCCAUGAUGGGUGACAAGAAAGCAUUACAGGCAGGAACCAGCCACAACCUUGGGCAGAAUUUCUCCCGUGCCUUUGGAACACAGUUCACAGAUGAAAAUGGACAAAGGCAACAUGUUUGGCAAACAUCAUGGGCAAUCAGUACCCGUUUUGUUGGAGGUAUCAUCAUGACUCAUGGUGAUGAUGCAGGCCUAAUGCUUCCCCCAAAGGUUGCACCAAUACAGGUGGUGAUAGUACCCAUCUGGAAGAAGGAUGAUGAGAAAGUGGCUGUUGUCAAUGCAGCAUCAUCUGUAAAAGGAGUUCUUCAUUCUGCAGGGAUUAAAGUUAAGCUUGAUGACUCAGAGCAAAGAACCCCUGGAUGGAAAUUCAAUUUCUGGGAGAUGAAGGGAGUUCCUCUUAGAAUUGAAAUUGGUCCUCGGGAUUUGUCUAGUGGAACCGUGGUGAUAUCAAGGAGAGAUGUUCCUGGGAAGCAAGGCAAAGUAUUUGGAAUCUCUAUGGAACCUUCAAUUUUGGAGGCUUAUGUUAAAGAGAAGUUGGACGAAAUCCAGUCCUCUCUAUUAGAAGAGGCAAUUGCAUUUCGAGACAGUAAUAUCGUAGAUGUGAGCUCAUAUGAUGAUCUUAAAGAAGCAAUAUCCGAAGGCAAAUGGGCAAGAGGCCCUUGGUCUGCUAGUGAUGAAGAUGAGAUUAAAGUCAAGGAAGAAACAGGGGCAACUAUCAGGUGCUUUCCUUUUGAACAGCCAGAUGGGGAUAAGAAAUGUUUGAUGACUGGAAAGCCUGCUGAGGAAGUAGCCAUUUUUGCCAAGUCUUACUGACUCUGCAUCUUUAAGCUUGCUUUUACUUUGAAAUUCUCAUAUCACAUGAUCUGGCAGUUGGUACUUCAACUUAUUUUGUGAAAGUUUGGUACUUUCUUGCCGAAUCAAUUCUUGUUGUAUAACUUAGGUCAGCUCAAAGCAUAUAAUUUGUUGAUUUGAUGCAAGUUUAAAGCAUUUUCUCUGUUGAUUUGAUGUAACUUUUUAUGAUCUUUAGAAAUGUGAUUAUGUAUAUGCUUUCAGGAAGAAAGUAUGUUGUAGUUGAAUAUCUUCGGAUACCAAAUUAGAAGAGCUGUGAUGAAGGGGGAGGGGGUAAAUGAAACCUGAUAUUUGAUCUCA